AUGUCGUCCACCACCUCGCCCGCGUCCGGUGUCUCCGGCAAAGUUCCUCUUCCGCACGUCGUGGAGGACUGCCUCGGGCUCGUCCAGCUCCUGAGCGACGGCACCGUCAAGCGCGCCCCGGCCACGCUCGUCCUCCCUGACGACGCUCCGCCGCCCGAUGACGACGCGGCACCAGUCCGGUGGAAGGACGUCGUGUACGACGAGGCCCGCAACCUGAGCCUCCGCAUGUACGUGCCGUCCGCCGCCGGAGCGGCGGUGGAAGGCGGCGCCGAGACGAAGCUCAAGCUCCCGGUGCUGGUCUACUUCCACGGCGGCGGCUUCGUCGUCGGCAGCUUCGCCUCGCCGGAGUUCCACGCCGCCUGCCUCCGCCUCGCCGCGGAGCUCCCCGCCGUCGUGCUCUCCGCCGACUACCGCCUGGCCCCGGAGCACCGCCUCCCCGCGGCGGUCGAGGACGCCGACGCACUCCUCUCCUGGCUCGCCGACCAGCAGGAGGCCGCGGCGGGCGCGGGAGCGGACCCGUGGCUCGCCGACGCGGCGGACCUGGGCCGCGUGUUCGUGUCGGGCGACUCGGCGGGCGCCAACAUCGCGCACCACGCCGUCGCCGCGUCGGGAUGGCGCCUGCCCCUGGCCGGGUGCGUGCUGCUGUGGCCCUACUUCGGCGGCGAGCGGAGGACGGCGUCGGAGGCGGGCUGCCCGGGCGACGUGUUCCUGACGCUGCCGCUGUACGACCAGAUGUGGCGCCUGGCGCUGCCGGCGGGGGCGACGAGGGACCACCCGGCUGCGAACCCGUUCGGGCCGGAGGCGGCGAGCGGUCCGGGCGGGCCCGGCGCCGGCGCCGAGCUCCCGCCGCUGCUCGUGGCGGCGGGGGACCGCGACAUGCUGAUCGACCGCAUCAGGGAGUACGUGGCGCGGGUGCGGGCGGCCGCGGGGAACAACAGGCGCGUCGACCUCGUCGAGUUCCCGGGGGAGGGCCACGGGUUCGCCAUCUUCGAGCCGGACGGCGAGGCGGCGGGUGAGUUGGUCCGCGUCGUGCGGCGGUUCGUGCAUGGCGGGGACGACGCCGCCGCCCCGGCGCCGCGCAGCGGAUGA